AUGGAUUCUGAGGAGAAUAAAAUAAUCAAAACUCCUUGUACUGAUGAUAACACGCAAAAGGAGCUUAUUGCGAUCGUCGGUGAUGAUGCUGCAGUGAAUGUCUCAAAUGUCACGGAUCCAAGUUCCGGUGCUGCUGACCAAGUGAAACUCGAAAUAAAUAAACCCGUUGGGAUUAAACCUGUCAAAAAAGAUUUGCCGAAUCUUGCCCCCAUUAACACCCAACCACUUGUUAAUGUUGCGGGGAGAGAUGAUGGGAAUAGUUUGUCCGAAGACAGCAGUGAGAAUUUAGAGUGCUUGGAUUGGUCAUGCUCAGGAAGUAGAGAUGAUGGGAGUGGGAACUUCCAAAAUCAAACUCAGCGGCCAAAAUCUGUAUCAUUCCAUACGGGCUCUAGUCUUCCUGUUGAAAGAAAGAUUUCUAAUGCACUUGAUUGCUUGAGGUAUAUGAUUAAUGGAAGCAGUUUAAUUAAAGUUCGUCCUAGUGCUAGACAGUAUCGGCGAUUUUUUUCCCUUGAAGAAGAUCUAUCUGCUCUUCGCUGGGUACCAUCUUCAAAGAAAUCAUCCAAGGCGAAAAUUUCUAUUAGAUGUAUGAAGGAAGUAAGAAUGGGACGGACUACUGAUGUGCUGAGAAGUAGAGAAAUCUCUUGGACUUACUCAGAAGACUGUGCUUUUUCGAUUAUAUACAAUGACAACUUUGAGUCAUUGGACCUUAUUGCAUCUUCACCUGAUGAGGCCAACAUCUGGGUUACCGGACUGAAUGUAUUAAUUGGUGCUUCUAAAUCUCCUGACACAUUUGAUGAGAGACAGAAAAUGAGAGAAAAAUGGUUGAGAGAAGUUUUUGAUCAAGCUGAUACUGAUCAAAAAGGACUUCUGAGUGAAUUCGAAACUAUAUCAUUAAUGAAGAAACUCAACAAUCAGUUGAGCACUGUUCGUUUACACCAAAAAAUCAUGGAGUUUGAGCAUGGUAAACAAGGGGAGGAAAGAGGGCGAAUUGAUAGCAGUGAUUUUGUUAGUAUCUUUAAAGAAACAUCAACUAGGCCAGAAAUAUACUUCCUUUUAGUAAGGUUUUCAGGUAAAGAUUAUAUGACACUAGAAGAUUUGCAUUUGUUUUUGGAAGGUGAGCAAGGGAUGGUUAAUGUAUCUACUGAAGACUGCUUAAAAAUUAUUGAGCAAUUUGAGCCAUCAGAAGAAGCCAAACAAAAUAAACAAAUACUUAUUGAUGGAUUUACUUUGUUCCUGUUAUCUGAUUGCUGUGAUAUUUUUGAUCCAAUUCACAAAACUGUCUGCCAAGAAAUGACUCAUCCAUUCCCACACUAUUUCAUUGCUUCAUCUCAUAACACGUAUUUAUUAGAAGAUCAGUUGAAAGGACCAUCCAGUAUAGAAGGUUACAGCACGGCAUUGAAAAUGGGAUGUCGCUGUGUAAAAGUUGAUUGCUGGGAUGGUAUUGAUGGACCAAUUGUGUAUCAUGGGAACACUCUUACAUCCAAGAUUCCAUUACAGGAUGUUUUAGAAACAAUUCAAGAGUUUGCCUUUGUUACAUCCCCUUACAAUAAUAUGGGCAAAAAACUUUCUUCCAGUUGUACAGAUGUUUAUGGCGAGGUUUCAGAUGAAGAUGAAGAUCAAGAUUGUAACAGCAAAAAUAUUUUUAGAAAAAUCAAACUAUGUCGAGCGUUAUCAAAUCUAAUCUCUUUAACCAGAAUACGAUUUUGGGAUCUUGAAAUGCAAGAGGAAGUUCAAAAGUUAUCUGAUGUUUCAUCUUUUUCUGAAGUAAUGGCAUCUAAACUUGCACAAUUCUCUGCUGAAGACAUGGUGAAUCAUAAUAAACGGUUCUUCACUCACGUUUUUCCAAACAGCACUCGUGUUGAUAGCAGUAACUAUAAUCCGCUGGAGUACUGGAGCUGUGGUUGCCAGUUCGUGGCUAUGAAUUAUCAAACUGCUGGCCAUAUGAUGGACCUUUAUCAAGGAUGGUUUAUGCAAAAUGGAAAUUGUGGUUAUGUUUUUAAGCCAUCUUUCCUACGAGAUCAAUUGUGUCUUUAUUCUGGAGGCUGUGCGAAGGAUCCUUUGCCUGGGGUUGAACCAACCAUAUUGUAUUUAAAAAUUAUUAGUGCUCAGCAAUUGCCUCAGCCAAAAGGAGCUUCUGCUAAAGCAAGUUCAAUUGACCCUUAUGUUGUUGUCCAAGUAUAUGGGAUGGCAAUUGAUUGUGCUGAAGCACGCACUAGAACAGUAUCAAAUGAAGGUCAUUCUCCUAUAUUUGAUGAAAGUUUUGAAUUUACUGUGACUGUGCCCGAACUAGCGUUGUUGCGAAUUGCAGUAUUAGAUGACGAAUUCAUUGGUGAUGAUUUUAUUGGACAGUAUACAAUUCCAUUGACAUGUUUACAAACAGGUUAUCGCCAUUUGAAGCUUUUGUCAAAUAAUGGAGAUCCCUUGUAUAAUACUACUCUUUUCAUUUACAUCACUAUGACUACUAGAUCAGAAAAACAAAAUGCUGCAAAUCACUUGGCAGAAGCAUACAAAAUGCGUAUGGAUGAAGAACAGACUAUGCUGGAUCUGUGUAAGGAAUGUGGCGUUCCCGAUAGUGCCAAUAUAGUUCAAUGUUUGCGUGUGUUGUCUUUACGCAUGGCGAGCUGUCCAGGCUUAACCAGUUGGGAGAUAAUUAAUAUUUCUGAUCAACCUACAGUGCGUGUUUGUGGAGAGCUUACACCUUGCUUAUCUAAAACAGUAUUAUUACUAGAAAAAGGUUUGUGA